UCUCCCCUCCUAGGAAGAGAAAACCAGAUAGAUUUUCAAAAUCACACAAGAAAAGGAGAGAGAGAGAGACAUGGAAAGAGACCCAGAAGAACUGCAAUACCUAAACCUAAGAGAAAUCCUCAAAGAGUCCAUAUCCAUCCCAAAAUCUUCUCCAAGAACCUUCACCAACAUCACCCUACUCCUCGUCUUCCCUCUUUCCUUCGCAAUCCUCGCCCAUUCCCUCCUCACCCAUCCCCUCGUCCAAAAAAUCAAUCAUUCCAGUUCUACCGCUAACCAUGAUUCCCUCCUUCUCCUCCUCUACCAGCUCCUCUACCUCCUCUUCCUCUUCGCUUUCUCUCUCCUCUCCACCGCUGCCGUCGUCUUCACCGUCGCUUCUCUCUACACCUCCAAGCCCACCUCUUUCUCUUCCACACUCUCAGCCAUUCCCCGCAUCCUUCAUCGCCUCUUCAUCACCUACCUAUGGAUUUCCCUCCUCAUGCUCUCCUACAAUUUCCUCUUCAUCGCUAUCAUUUUCUCCUUCGUCGCCGCGUUCCCCCCGGACGAUUCUAACGGCCCCCUUGUUGUCCUCACCUUCCUUUCCCUCUUUGUCCUCUUUAUUGCCGCCCACGUUUACAUUACUGCCCUCUGGCACAUCGCCAGCGUCAUUUCUGUGCUCGAGCCUGUCUAUGGCCUCGCCGCCAUGCAGAAGAGCCGCGAGCUGCUGCGAGGCAAGACACGUGACGCUGCGACCCUUGUCUUAAUCUACCUUCUCCUAUGCGCUGCGAUCGGGACCGUAUUCAGUGUGGUGGUCGUGCAUGGUGCCAAGGACUAUGGGCUUGUGGUGAGGGUGCUGGUUGGUGGGGUUUGCGUGGGCUUGUUGGUGGUGGUGAAUAUGAUUGGGUUGUUGGUUCAGAGCAUUUUCUACUACAUAUGCAAGAGCCAUCAUCACCAAGGAAUUGACAAGAGUGCUUUGUACGAACAGCUGGGAGGUUAUCUUGGAGAGUAUGUGCCUCUCAAGAGCAGCAUUCAGAUGGAGAGCUUGGAAUCGUAAGGGAAUGUUAACCCUCACUCUUUAUAACUAUAAUUGUCCUAUCGACAUGUUUAAUAGAAUUAUCUUUUGGAUUGGUUGGCUAUUUAUUUGUUUUUUUUUUUUUCUUUUAAGGAAUAAUUGUCGAAGUGGAUUGAAUGACUGACUGUAUAGGUGGUUUUUCCA